GACGUCAUCAGUGACUGCCACGGCGGAAUGCAGCGCCGCUCGUAGAGCCGGAAGUCGUGUGCUUCCGCCAAGGAAAGUAGUGCGGGACGCCCCCUCCGCCCCGCCGCCGCCCGUCUCGUGCCGCCCCGGCGCCUUUCCCGCCGCGGUGGCCGCGGUCGCGCCCCCAGCCUGACGCCGGUCGAGGCCGGGAGGCCGAGGGGAGCGUGCUGGCGCGCGGAUCCCUCCGCCUGCGGUAUCGGUGCUGAGGCCGCGCCGCCGCCAUUUUGAAUGCCCGGCUCCUGCCGCCGCCGCUUCCUCCGCUGCAGGCACCGGCCCGAGGAUGCCAGCCCCCAUCAGACUGCGGGAGCUGAUCCGGACCAUCCGGACAGCAAGAACCCAGGCAGAAGAGCGUGAGAUGAUUCAAAAGGAGUGUGCUGCUAUCCGAUCAUCCUUCCGAGAGGAAGAUAACACAUACCGAUGCAGAAAUGUGGCAAAGCUGCUGUAUAUGCACAUGCUGGGAUACCCUGCACAUUUCGGACAGUUGGAGUGCCUCAAGCUCAUUGCCUCUCAGAAAUUCACAGACAAGCGCAUUGGGUAUUUAGGUGCCAUGUUGCUGCUGGAUGAGAGACAGGAUGUCCAUCUUCUUAUGACCAAUUGCAUCAAGAAUGACCUUAAUCAUAGCACGCAGUAUGUGCAGGGGCUGGCACUCUGCACCCUUGGCUGCAUGGGCUCCUCGGAAAUGUGCAGAGACCUUGCGGGAGAGGUGGAAAAGCUCCUCAAAACUUCCAACUCCUAUCUUAGGAAGAAGGCAGCAUUGUGUGCUGUUCAUGUUAUCAGAAAGGUGCCUGAACUUAUGGAGAUGUUCCUGCCAGCCACCAAAAACUUGCUGAAUGAGAAGAACCAUGGUGUUUUACACACAUCAGUAGUCCUCCUCACGGAGAUGUGUGAGAGAAGUCCAGACAUGCUUGCACACUUUAGAAAGCUUGUUCCCCAAUUAGUUCGUAUUCUGAAGAACCUUAUCAUGUCUGGCUAUUCACCAGAGCAUGAUGUGUCUGGGAUCAGUGACCCCUUUUUGCAGGUGCGAAUCCUGCGGUUACUACGGAUUCUAGGGCGAAACGAUGAUGAUUCUAGUGAAGCCAUGAAUGAUAUACUUGCACAGGUUGCUACUAAUACGGAAACAAGUAAAAAUGUGGGAAAUGCCAUUCUCUAUGAAACUGUACUGACUAUUAUGGACAUAAAAUCUGAGAGUGGACUGAGAGUGUUAGCCAUUAACAUACUAGGCCGUUUCUUAUUAAACAACGACAAAAAUAUUAGAUAUGUAGCUUUGACAUCAUUGUUGAAAACUGUGCAGACAGACCAUAAUGCAGUACAGCGACAUAGAAGCACAAUUGUGGACUGCCUGAAGGAUCUGGAUGUCUCAAUUAAAAGGCGUGCAAUGGAACUGAGUUUUGCUCUUGUUAAUGGGAACAAUGUUCGCGGAAUGAUGAAGGAGUUGCUGUAUUUCCUAGAUUCCUGUGAGCCAGAGUUCAAGGCAGACUGUGCGUCUGGAAUAUUUCUUGCGGCAGAAAAAUAUGCUCCUUCCAAACGCUGGCAUAUAGACACAAUCAUGAGAGUCUUAACAACGGCAGGAAGUUAUGUUCGUGAUGAUGCUGUUCCCAACCUGAUUCAGCUAAUAACUAAUAGUGUGGAGAUGCAUGCCUACACUGUGCAGAGACUCUACAAAGCCAUCCUUGGUGAUUACUCCCAGCAGCCACUGGUGCAAGUGGCCUCCUGGUGCAUAGGAGAGUAUGGAGAUCUUCUGGUGUCUGGUCAGUGUGAAGAAGAGGAGCCAAUACAGGUAACAGAAGAUGAAGUUCUUGAUAUUUUAGAAAGCAUUCUGAUAUCUAAUAUGUCUGCAUCUGUUACACGAGGCUAUGCUCUCACUGCCAUCAUGAAGCUUUCCACAAGAUUCACCUGCACUGUCAAUCGCAUUAAGAAGGUAGUUUCCAUUUAUGGCAGCAGCAUUGAUGUGGAGCUACAGCAGCGGGCAGUGGAAUAUAAUGCACUUUUCAAAAAAUAUGAUCACAUGAGGCCAGCCCUGCUUGAGAGAAUGCCGGUAAUGGAGAAAGUCACCACAAAUGGCCCUACUGAGAUUGUACAGACCAAUGGAGAGACAGAGCCAGCGGUACUGGAAACCAAACCUCCACCUUCUGGAUUGCAGCCUGGUAGCCAGGCAAAUGAUUUGUUGGACUUGUUGGGGGGAAGUGAUAUAACACCUGUAAUCCCCACUGUACCUACAAGCAAGCCAGCCUCUGCUGGUGGGGAGCUCCUUGACCUACUGGGAGACCUCAACCUAACAGGUUCUCCGGUACCUGCCCCUGCACCCCAGAUACCACAGCCUCCAUUCCUGCUUGAUGGACUGCCAUCACAGCCUCUCUUCAAUGAUAUUGCUGCAGGAAUCCCGUCAAUUACUGCAUACAACAAGAAUGGCCUGAAGAUUGACUUCACCUUUGAGAGGUCAAACACCAACCCCAGUGUCACUGUAAUCACGAUACAGGCCUCCAACAGCACAGAACUGGAUAUGACAGAUUUUGUUUUCCAAGCUGCAGUACCAAAGACAUUCCAGCUGCAGCUCCUGUCUCCCAGCAGCAGUGUCAUCCCUGCAUUUAACUCGGGGACCAUCACACAGGUCAUUAAAGUCCUGAAUCCACAAAAGCAACAACUACGUAUGCGGAUCAAGUUGACAUAUAAUCACAAGGGCUCAGCAAUGCAGGAUCUAGCAGAAGUCAACAACUUCCCCCCUCAGUCUUGGCAGUGAGCCUCUGGCACCAUUCUUAUUUUCUCCCCACCCAAUCAAAAGAACUCUGGGAAGAAGGUUGUGAUCCUUGGCAAUCCCCCAAACUGCACCAUGGGCAUGGGGAACAGAUGAGACCUGCUGAUGAGGAGGAAUUUUCCUGAAGUGAUUGCUGACUUUGAAGCAUAUCUGUUAAGACUAAUCUCCUCUCCUCCGCUGAUGAGGCUGGUGGCUUGUGGAGGCUACUCUGCACUCCCUCACACAUGCAUUCACAGCCAGAAGCAACAUUCCCUCCUUCCCUUCCCUGUCCCUCCCCCCUCACCCCAGAAACACAGCCUGGUUGGAAGAGAAGUCUGGAAUUUCUUGCAGGGAAGCUCUGUCUCUGCAGCAAGUGAACAGCUGCCCCUUCUUUCUGCUGUCUUUUUUUCCCCUGGGGAGGGCAAGGUGUGUUUUUGUUCAUUACUAGCUGGAUUAUCUUCAGGCACUUUCAUCUGGGGCUCAGAAUGGAGACCUGGAGAAUGUUAGGGUAACCUGCCUUGUUCUUCUUGUAUCCCCUGUGUCUGAAGGGGCUGGAGGCUUUUUAUGGCCUAUUCAGUGCAUUACUUUUACACACACCUCUCAGUUAUGUGAUACAUACUAAGAGCAAGUCAGGCCUUGGACUUCAUCUGCAAACCUGGGACAGUGCAGGAAAAGAGGUGCCAGUGAAAGCUGAUAAAAUUGCUUUGGUGCUGUACUUGGAAAUGAAGACCUUACACUUGAAUUUUCUUUCUUUCCAUCAGUGGCUGCAACCAUGCAGAUUCACAUUCUUCUGUAGCUUCCCCAGAAAGUGUGGUGAUGUCAGAGAGAUGCAGAGAUCCAAGGAACAGCUGGUUUUCUACCAUGGUUAAUUUCAAAGCUUUUUGACCCAUUAGUUGUGGUUUAUGGGUAGAAAAGAUGUAUUCAAUUUUGUGGAUCAGUCUUUGAGCAAAGGUCCUAUUGCCUGCUGGGAGACUCAUCAGAGACUAUGCUGCAGAGUUGUUCUUCCCAGUUAUUCCAGACCUUCUCCCCAGAUUAAUUUCCAGAGCCUGUUGUAGACCCCCUGGAUUCCAUUUGAUUUACUUCUGACUGGGAUAUUUGUGUUGUAUCUGUAACAUUGGCACUGAAAUAAAGACCAUGCGGUUUAAAGAGA